AUGUAUGCGUCUAAACUAAUUUCCACCCAAGUAACGUUCGAGGAGCUGUCCCGGUCCACGGACGACUUCAACGGCGCGCAGUGCAAGGCGGUGUGCGUGGAGGCCGGCAUGAUCGCGCUGCGGCGCUCCGCCACCGCCGUCACGCACGAGGACUUCAUGGACGCCAUCCUCGAGGUGCAGGCCAAGAAGAAGGCCAACCUCAGCUACUACGCCUAGUGCUUGAUUUGUGUCGUAUUAAUAAAUAUUUA